CGCCACAACAGGAGGGGAAUAAGAAUUCAGUUAUUUUGGUUGAUAGUUCUAUCUGGCUCUGGUGCCUCGGGAAUAAAAACAGAGUCUGAAUGAGAGUUGUGAGAGUGGAGUACUCAGAUUUCAUACAUUCAGACUCAUGGAACUGAUUUCCCCUGAAUCUCAAAACCAAAGAGGGGUUUUGGGAAAGAUGCUACCCUUUAGUUUUCCUGCAUCAAAAUUUGCACUUUGGAAUCCUGUUCCUAUUGGAGAAAGCAUUGUUUGUCACCUUAGUUAUAGAAAUCCUAAAUUAAUAAUUGCUGAAAAAACACUGCGGCUUGCCCAUCGUCAUGCUAAACAAAGUAGAAAGAAGCCAUUCACCUGUUUUUUAGUUGGCACUCUUGCAGUAGAUGAAAAUGGUGAACGUGUAUUGCUAUCAGUAGACCGUUUUGAUCCAGGUCGUGAAGAACCAAGUGGUUUGGGGAAAAUUCCCACAGCACCUCUUCCAGGAGACUUUUUCAUCCCAUGCAGAAUUGGUGUUUGGGGAUGUUCAUCAAAUGAUAUUGUAGUACACACCUUUGAGGAUUUUAGCUUAGCUUUUAAGAUACUGCAUCAGAAUCUGAACACCCAAGAUUCUUUAGAACUUUCCAAACUGCUGACUUUAAGAGUUUACAUCUCUUCAAUGGAGAAUAUGGACAACUUAAAUUUUGACUUUCACUGGGCAGCAGUUACAGUGGCCAAUGCUUUAAAAUACACUCCUGUGAAGCCUGUUCCAAUAAUUCCUACAGCCCUUGCUAGAAACCUAAGUAGUAAUAUGAGUCUUGCUCAUGUCCAAGGAACUUACAAAUGUGGUUAUCUUUCAAUGGAUCAAACGAGGAAACUUCUUCUAAUUCUGGAAUCAGACCCCAAAGUAUAUACAUUGCCACUGAUUGGCGUCUGGCUGAGUGGAGUAUUUCAUAUCCACAAUCCACAGGUUUGGGCUUUAUGUCUGCGAUACUUAUACAGCUCAUCAAUCCAAGAGAGAGUACUUUCCGAAUCGGGAAGCUUUCUUGUAGUUCUUUUUGCUUUGAAUCGUAAAGAUCCAAAAUUUUAUGAAUGCUUUCCUUAUGAUGGGCAUACUGAACUAGACUUCCAGCUACUUACAUGCAAAGAAACAUUACAUCUGUUCAAAGAUGUAGAACCUUCAGAUAAAUGUCCUAUCCAAUUUGAAUUGAAAUCAGAAAAUAAAAAUGCAGAAACAGAGUUCUUCAGCAAAAUUUCAAAAAACGUUUCCAUAAACAGUUUAUCCCAAGAUUGCUCACCCAAUAAAUUUUCUGUCAGCGAUCAUGACUCUGGUGUGGAAGAUGAUGCAUCUCCAAGACCAUUUCCCCGUCCUCAUCCAAUCAAUCAACAGAUGACCGAGAUCCAUCCUUCAGUUCCUGAACUGUCCAUUGUACUUGAAGGCAUCUCCACAGAAUCUGUACCAACAUCUAAAUAUGCUGUGAUUAAAAAUCAACCUUCAUUUGGACCUCAACCUCCUAAGAUGGUAUAUUCUGUAGAGCAUACACCCCAGCACUCUCAGAGCUCUGAUACUGGGAGGCAGACCUUUGCUUCAAGUGCCAGAGAGCCUUCUCCAAAGCAAAUACCAAGUCAUUUGAAACACAGAAUUACAUCUUUAAAACCUUGCAAAGGAAUGCAGUCUCCACUACAACUGCAGUCUAAUACAGUUGGCUCUCAAGCAAGAAAGGGCUGUGUAUCUACUUCUUCUCCUUCAGGAUCCUGUAAUGAACUUUCACAGGAUAUGUCCCUGCAUCAUCAUGGAAUUCCUUCUGAAAGACAGGUGGCAAGUAGUGAUGAUGUUCAACAGAAAGGAGAACUUCCUAUUAAUGGCUUUACAGCACAAAAGUCUAACCAACCUCCUGCAGUUUCCCAGUAUCCCUGGCAUACUAUUGCACUAUCACCAUCUUAUCUGAGAAGACCACUGGGAAUUCGGGUACCAGUUCAAGGUCCAUCUUGCUGUUCUCCUUGUAUCUGCAACUGUCAGCAGUAUGGCCAUAUACAAUACAGUCCACCAAAUGUUUGGCAAGGGUUAUGUAAUAUGGGUUCCAGUGACACCUCUGAAAAUCAUUCAAGUCCUACCCAGGAACGUACAAAAUUAAUGUUCCAUCAGAAUCAAGAAUGUGUAAAUGGUGGCUGCAAUCCAGUAUGUGCCACAAGUAGUCCUAUGCACUUAGGCCAUUGUGGAAUAAUAGGGAGUUGUUCUCCCAUUACUGAUAAUGCAUCAGCUGCAGUAAGAAAUUCAUCUCCAGUUGAUCCUGGCAAUGCACAGUCUCAUACAACACAUUCAGCUUGUAUGCAUCUUCCUGCUGCAAGUACAGUAUCAAAUAACGAAAUGAUGGAAUUAUCUUCAGAUGUUUACAGAAUUCUUGCUGAACAACAUAAACAAAUCAAGCUGCUACAGGCUCAGAUUCAGCAGCUUUUAGAGGCACAAACUCUUCGGUCCUGUGCUUCCAGAUCCAUAGGAAACAAUAGCAUACAGUCUGAGAAGCAGGUAGAAUUUGUUGCCAUGGAAACCCAGUCUUCCCCAGGAUUACACAUGAAGAAAAGUGUCAGCAUUGCAGUGAGUACAGGUGCUAGUUUGUUUUGGAAUACCCCUUUGGAAAAGAAGAAAGAGUCUGUGAAAGAAGAUGAAGUUGAAAUUUCUAAUGAAGACAUUACUCUUUCUAUGAACACAGAAAAGGAUAGUAGUCAAACAAGCAUUGCCUCUUCAUUAAAAGCUGUUGAUAUACCAAGCUUUGUUGAGAGUGUCCAUAUUGUUGAAGGAGGAGCUAAUCAAUCUUCUACAGGCCUGUGUAAUGGACCACUUGACACUGGAACGGACCAGGCUUCACGGCAGAAUGAAAAUGGUAACAAAUGUUUGCAAACAAGGCCUUCAGAAGGAACUGACAAUAAUUUGGAACCAACUGAUGAACAAAAUUUUGAGUGUGGCAUUACUGCCCCAGCAAAUGUGUCACCAGAUGAUCAAAAAAUUUAUCAGGAUAUAUUAGGUCAAGUAAAUCGAUUUUUGAGGGAAUCUUCUGAUGAAAGUGGUCCCUCUCUGAAAGAGGAUCUGAUCAGAGAUGAAUGUACUACAUCCUUAAAAAUAAACAAAGCGCAAAGAAGAGGCUCAGCAUCAGACAUGGUCCUACGAGAUAAAGAUAGUGUUCUGAAUGCAACCUUGAAGCAAUUAAGAAACCUUGGAGUAAAUUUUGAUUCUCCUGAGAAGAUGAACAAUGUACACAAAGUGGAGAAUGCCGGUGUAUUGGCUUGUAUUAAUCCUGAAGCAAUAGUCCCAGGACUAAACUACAUCUCUUUUGCCAAUGUUGGUAUGAGUGGCUUAACUCCCACUGGAGCAGAUCUGAGCAUGGAGGCAAAUGCUAUUGCUCUCAAGUACCUGAAUGAAAAUCAACUGUCACAGCUUUCUUUAAAUCACUCGAGCCACAAAAGUUCUGUGACUUCAUCUUUACAGACUCUGCUGCAUACAAAUACAGAGAAGUCUUUGGUGGGCCUUGGUUUAAUUUCCCCUGGCAAUAUGUCUUUUGCAACCAAGAGGUAUAUGAGGAAGUAUGGCCUCUUACAAAGCAGUGAUGGUAGUGAUGAAGAAGAGGAGCAACCGACUGAGAACUCCAGGAGAAAAGAGCGCUUAGAGCCUGCUCUGCGCUUGGAUUUCAACCCUGUUAUAGAGGGCUUUGCUUCUGAAAGAACUGGUGAGAAGCAGAUUGCUUUUGACCCAAUACACUGUGAAACUGAAUCAUCUUGUCGCCUGUCACAUUCAGAAGGGCCCAUCUUAAGAAAUGUUACAAAUGCUGUUUUUCCACCCAGAAUCCUGCACCAAUCUAAUGAAAGUUCACCACCUUUUUUAAAGGAUUUAAAGCCAAAAAUUAAACUUUUACCUGGAGAUGCAGAAUUUACACAGCAUCCGGACAAAGAAAAUCUAAAUGUUCACAUUGUGACUGAAACUCCACAAGCUCCCACUGUUGAUACUUUAAACCAAGCAAACAAUAUUAAUUCGGUGGGCACUUUUCUGGAUGUAAAACAGCUCAGACAGCUACCAAAGUUAUUCUGACCUAUGUUUGAGUUCCUCCUCUUUUCUUUACUAAUUUUCUCAUGGUUCAGUAAAAUCAAGAGAUACCACUGGCUAAAUAUCACUUAAAAGUUUUCUUGAGAAAUAAGAGACUUGGCUCUCACAAUGAAUUGUUUAGAUCUUUAUGCAUACUAGACUACAUUUACAUUCCAAAAAGUCAUUGAAUAUAAUCAAGAUAUAAUGUAUGGGGUAUUUUUAAAAGUGUUGAUUUUAUGUUUAUUAAAUGCAACAGGAAUAAAAUGAUCUGUGGGGAAGCAGACAAUGGGUUUAAAGCAAGUUUGAUUUAAAGUGUUUACCAGUUUUAACUUUUAUUUUAUGAAUUUGAAAUAAAAUUUCAUAUGGUUAUUUGUAACAAAUGAAUUAGGAAACAAAACAAGGUUGACAGAUAUUAGCCAUCUUAUGUGUAUAACUUGCCAUAAACAUCAAACAUUAUAUUCUAUAGUUCCUAAUUUGUUUAACCCUUUGCGUGUCUAAAUAAAUGUGGUAGACUCUUUUUGUAAUGUGCCAACUUUUAA